UCAACGAACACAUAGGUAUAUUAAUACAGCAAAACGUUCGUUAUUUUAUCUUUUUUAAAAUGGGUCUUUACCGAAAGCUCUACCUUCUACCGUUCAAAAAUUCUUGAAGAUCAAAGUUGCGGAAAAUGUUCUACAAUCAACACUAAGUGACUGAUAACAGUGAUAACACAAUUUGAACACUUUCCGCAACUUUGAUCUUCAAGAAUUUUUGAACGGUAGAAGGUAGAGCUUUCGGUAAAGACCCAUUUUAAAAAGGAUAAAAUAACGAACGUUUUGCUGUAUUAAUAUACCUAUGUGUUCGUUGAAAAUUUUGAGUAAUUCUAGUUCAAAGUUCAAUACUUACCAUCCGCGGUUGGUUUUUGCAUUGUUUUCGCAACUUUAAACUUCUACAACUUUUGAACGGUUGCAUGUAAAGCUUUCGAUAAACGCCCAUUUUAAAGACGAUGAAAUUACGAACAUUUUGAUAUAUUAAAAUACCUGUGUGUUCACUGAAGAUUUUGAGUAUUUUUAGUUUAAAAUUGACACAUAUAGUAUGAAAAAAUCGGGUAAUAGAAGUAUUCAUAAAAUCGUCAAUUUUUCGCGAAAUAACAAAAAUUUAACAUCAAUCGAUAGGAAAUUUCAUUGUCUUUAGCUUGAAACUACUUAAAAAUUCACCUGAACCCGCGAACAAUCGAAAAAAUUGCAUUUUUUACUCGUAAGAUUGUAUACAUACAUACGCUCUGAUGUUGUUUACAUCCGUUGUGUCGAACCAAAAUGGCGUAUGCGUAUACUUCCCUAAUCUAGAACUUUACCUGGCCCCAGGGAGGCCAUUUCAUUUUCAUUACAAUUUUAUUUUGUCGGAAUUCGGAAAUUUUAUUUCGUUUUAAUAAUUAUGUUUUAAUUCAACGAAAGAAUCUAACUAUAAAAUAUCAGAGCUAGUGUUCAUCAUGGAAUCGGAUUCGCUGCAGCAAUCCUCAGACGAUUGUAAAUUUGACGUGCUAUUCGAUGAAAUGCAAGUGUUUCGUUCAAGAUGGAAUGCGUUGAACGAACGAUGUAAACGGUUAGAGGCGAAUUUGCAUGAAGCUAAAAUCGAAAAAGCUCAACUUGCCGCUAAAUUAGAACUAUCUCGCGAACAUAUGAAACGAGUCGAAAAAGAAAAAGAUGAAUUAUCGGAAGUUGUGCUCGAACUGCAUAAAGAUCUUCAAAGUAAUUGUUUACAUAAAUGGAUUGAUACUCUGGGGCAAAAAUUAUCAUCAUUAAGCGAUAAUAAGAUUAUAAACCACGAACCCCCUCAUGUUAUUGAUGAUAUUGUUUUAAGUAGUAGCGAUGACGAGGAAUCGUAUGUUGAUGAAUUUGUAGAAUCGCCUGUUAUUGGUCGAGUUACCGAUGAGAAUUUGGAAGUAAAUGUACUCGAUGUGAUAUCGUCAACUUCGAAUUGUACCGCUAAUGAUGGUAUGGAUCACGAUUAUGUUUCACCUAGGCGUACAGGAGACACUGAUCAAGAGGUAGAAGAAAACGUCCGUCGAAUUUCUAACAAUGAAGCUGAUUCAUCUAAUGAAGUACUGAGUACUAAUAAUGAAAACAUCUCCGAAGUAUAUUCUACGCCGGUUUCAACGAAUAAUAAUUCUAAUUUAUCCGAAGAUACGACUCAACAAAAUGAUACAUUUCUUGAAGAUGUAACUGCGGAAUCGAAUGCGAUCAAUCAAGUUACUACUGCAGUUGAAGAACCAUUAUACUCUUGUGAUAUUCGCUUUGAAAACACUGAAACAUCACAUUUAAAUCAAACGUCUGUUUCUGCCGAUAGUGAAGUUUCUGCGACGAAUUCAGCUAUUUUGGAUGAAAACCCUACAGAAAAUAUUGUUUGUGAUCAAAUUUCUGGUGGUGAAGAACUGAUCUCGGCUCAACCUUCACCCUCGAUUAUUUCAUCAGUUCAACAUGAACCUUCGUGCAUGGAUGGUGGAAAAAUAUCAGACGAUGACCACUUAUUUAUAAGUUCCACACCUCUACCAGAAAAACUUUCUCAAAAUGUUGAUUUUUAUAAUGACGCAGCAUCUUACUUUAUUCGCAAUCGCGAGAUCUCCGCUAUUGAGCAAACAAUAACGAUGUCACCUACACGUUUUCAACCAACCAACAGUGAACUAUCUCCAAAUCGUGAUUUCUCUGUAGCCGAAGAAACAUCAACUUUGUCACCUCGAAGUACUGCAUCAACGAGUGCUGAACUAUCUCCAAGUCGCAACGAUAAUGAAGAACCUGUCGUCACGUAUGCAGAAAAGACGCUUGAACAAAUUCCUCGAUCUGAUAUUCAAGAUUCCGAAUAUAAUUCAAACGGUUGCGAUGAUAUUCCUCGAUCUGAUAUUCAAGAUUCUGAAUAUAAUUCAAACGGUUGCGAUGAUAGUGAACAUAAUGGACAUUCUGAUAUUAAUGAAAAAACCGCGGAUUCGCCUCAAAAUACUCCAAUUUCCGAUAAUAAUACGCCUACGAAUGAUACACAAAGUGUUGAUUCUGCUGUUUAUUCUGCAACAAGUUCAGUUAUGGUAGAUCAACCAUCCCAACCUAUAACGGUAACUGAUGAAACUCACGUUGAAAACAGCUCUAAAACUGAAAGUCUUCAAAAAGAUGGUGUCGAUGACUUGCUUACGUCAGCAAAAUCCUCUCAAGGUCACAUUCAAACUUCGUCUGACGAAACUUCGAACGUAAAUGGUAUCAUUAGCCAUGAAGUGUGCUUGACAGAUACGAUUGCUGAAAAUGGUCCAAUACAUAAUCAGAUUACUAGCGAGUCCUUUCUUGAGCAAGGUGUAAAUCACGAGGAAAUAUUACAAGCUGAAGGAGAUCAGUCGUCAUUUGUAUCCGAUACCGAGUACUUCGAUGAUUUGGAAAACGAUGAUGAUGAUGUGGUGUUGGUCGAUGAAAAUACCCCCGAAAAAACCACUAAUCGAGAAGCGUCUCCUGAAGAACUAAUGUGUCAAAUAUUUGGUUCGCCUGAUCGUAAUUCGGAUGUUGUUGAUAUUACAAAUGAGGACAAUUGUACGAUCGAUUUAAAUUUAAGUGAAGAGGAAGCCGAUUCGAUUUCCGAUUUGAAGAAACCUGGUCUUUCAGCAGUGAAACCAGAACUUACUGUGAAUUUGCCUCGUAUGUUCACCCCAGGUGCGCAAAUUCAGGAAUCCGUCGACUGCAUUAUUUCCAAAUUAGAAAAGGAUUUAGAAGUUAUUGAAGAGACUCUAUCUGAACCAUCAAAAUUGAAGCGCUCUUAUCCAUCAUCAUCCGCGCAGGAGCCAAAUUGUAAGCGUUCUCCACUUGAUGAGUCAUUCGAGCUAACUCAAGAUUCUGUGCAGGAUUCCGGUUCUAAGAAGAUCCUUAAAUGUGCAAUAUGCAAAGAUGACAAAGUAUAUGAAACUUAUUCGAUUCUCGAUACGCAUAUUAUUGCCAAGCAUCCAGAUCCGUUCCCUGCAUAUACCCGUUGUCAAUACGGAAAGGGUAAAUGCGAACGUCAUUUCAGAACUACAAGAAAACUUCACGAUCAUAUUCGAAAACGUCAUGGCGCAGGAGAUAAGAACGUCUCUGCUAAAAAAUUACCCCCGGGACAAAAACCUUGGCCAUGUACUAUUUGCAAUAAGAUUUAUACAUGUAAUAAUGAUCUUAAAGCGCAUCUCGAUCGAACUCACGGAAAACGGUUAGUACCCAAAAUGAAGCAAAAAAAAAGUAUCAAAAGAUCUCCUACUGCUGCAGCAUAUUCAGUUGGUGAUUGUAUAAUUUGCUUGAACGACGAAGGAUCUAGUGAAAAGUAUAAAACAUAUCAAGAACUCGACGACCAUAUUUUCCAUAAACACCCAAACCCUUAUCCAUAUUAUUUGAGGUGUCCGUUCUGUAAAUGUGAUACUGCGAGGCAUUUCAAAGGACUGUCAUGGCUGAAUAAUCAUAUCGCUAAUAAUCAUGCAGUCGAAGUUUUUCAAAAGGCUACAUAAAAUUUUUUUUUCGAUUGUAAUUUACAUGUCAGUAGUGCACACGAACCAGCCGAGAAUUUAAUCGCAGAUAGUGAAUGAAGAAUAUUGCGAGAUAUAUUUGUUGACUUCUAAUUUAGAUUUAUUAUUACGAGGGUUAUUUUAUUGGGAUUAUUUUUUUUAAGUGAUCGACAACUAUGUGUCUUUCUUUUUGUUUUUUUGUUUUAAAUAAGAACCAUUCUAAAGUUGGUUAAAUUUAAGAACGAUCGAAUGUCAAUUUUCUCGGUAAAAUUGCAAAACGCAUUUUACCAGUAAUUCUAAUUGAACUACUGGUGUCAAUAUUUUUAGUACUUUGUUGAAGUCAAUUUUUUUUCAAAUUUGUUUCUUAAUGUUUUAAGAGGAUUAUAUAUUUUUUAAAGUAAGUUUCAGUGUAAACUAAAGUUGGUUAAGUUUAAGAAUGAGGGUUAAUUUUUUCCAUAAGGCUGCAAAACCCAUUUUACCAGUCACUCUAAUUUGAACUGUAACUUUCAGUAGGUAGCUUUCAUUGAACUACUGGUGCCAAUAUUUUUUAUUCAUUGUUGAAGUCAUAUUUUUUUUUUCAAAUUUGUUUCUUAAUAUUUUAAGAGGAUAAUUGUUUCGUUUUAUAUUCGUAUAGUUUUUUUUGCAUAUAGGUACCAAAAAAAGUGAAUUUAUUUUUAGUUAUGAAUUGAGAACAUUUGUUUAUUAUUGUUUUCUUAUUCAACAUGUUUAAAUAGUUGCGAUAUUGACAAAUCGGUUUUGAAUUCUUCUCGGAAAUUGAGAAUUACUUAUGCUUUCACCUUGUUUUUGUUUUAUUUGUUAUUUUUUUAUUAUUUUUUUUAUUGGAAAAAGAAAGUUUGUAAUUAUAAUAAGUAACUAUUAUUGA